CUUAACACGCCGUCUGACAGCUCCACGAUCUAAGAUAUCACGCGGUCUGACGGUCAGCAUAUCGACCUUCCUCAGCAUGUCGAAAAGACUCGACCUAUCUCAAUUCCGUGACGACUCUUCCGACGACGAGAAUGAUCUGGCCAUUGCAAAGGGGCCUAAGUUGGAUACGCUCAAGUCUAAAACCUUCUCGCAUGGUGUGACCAAGAAGACCAAGAAGGACUUGGAACGCGAGGCAGAGGAGAAGAAGCGCAUCGAGGAAGAAGAGAGUUCUCACAAGUGUUUGAAGGGAACGCCAGGGAAGGGCCUUCAUUCGUGGGAAGAGCAGGACACAGAGGCCAAGGCCGCUCGUUCGUCAGAGCCGGGGAAGCCUGCACAGUCUGCAUUGUCGGAGGUGCCGACUCCGUCCAUAGCCCCGAAGUCACGAGGGAAGCGAGCCAUGGAUUCGUUCUUGGACGAGAUCAAGCGAAACCAGGAAGCCCGCGAAGCUACACUUGGCAAGAAUGCCCAACGAGAUGGUUCAUCUGUCUCAGCACUCGCGGGAUACGGAGGUCCCGCCGACUCUGAGAGCAGCACCAACCUCUUCAUUGUCAAUCUGCCAAGUGUAGUAUCGGAAGAUUCGUUGGGACGCCUGUUCGCGUCUAUAGGCCCAGUCGGAACAGUCAAGAUCAUGUGGCCCCGUGGAGAGGACCUGCGCAACAAUCCGACAGUCCGCCGGGCCAAGCCUGGUUUGACAGGGUUCGUCUGCUACAUGACCCGUCGUGAUGCGGAAAGAGCGGUCGGCGAGUUCGAUGGAUAUGAGUGGAACGGCAGCGUUCUGCGCGUUAGCUGGAGCAAACCGGUCCCAAUUCCCCGCAAGGCACUCUAUGAUGAUUCCUACAGAUCAUCGCAGACCGUUGGUCGGUCUGCACUGGCUCCCGAGCCGAGUGGGGUCAAGAGACGGCGCAGUGCAUCACCAGAUGCCAACGAACACAAAUCGUUCUGGGUGAACCAAGUUGACCCUGAAACGUUGGACUUCAUCAAAGCUGUUGCUGAGCGCAUUAAAACGCAUGGCUCCGACUUCAAGGACAUGCUGCUGGAGCGUGAAAAGAACAACCCCCGAUUUGUGUUCUUCUUUGACCAAGAGGCUGCAAGUCAUCAUGUUUUCCAGUCAUUUCUGGACCCGAACUACAUGUUCCCCGCGCCUCCAGCAGUGCAAUUUGAUGACGAGGGAUAUGCCUCGAUCUACUCCUCGGAUUCAGAGGAGGAAUCGGAGCGCGGCCGCGUCCCUAAGAGGUCACUCGGUACUCUUGGUCGAAAGCGCUUUGAGUCGCUACUGCGCGCCAUGUCUGGGAAACGCGUAGAAAUAGCGCGGACUAUGGAGUUCGCCAUGAAACGAGCAGAAGCGGCUGAUGAGAGUCUCCAGAUUGAGGAGACUCCUAUUCCUCGCAAGAUUGCCCGUCUUUAUCUCGUUUCAGAUAUCCUCCACAACUCUGCAUCGCCAAUGGCAAACGUUUGGCGAUAUCGCCAGGUGUUUGAGAGUCGACUGCCUACGACCUUUGCCCACUUUGCCACUGUCCAUCAGAGACUCCUGGACUUAGUGGGGACUGUUGCCGCAGAUGUCUUUGAGAAGCAGGUCGACGCCGUUCUCACAAUCUGGGAGGGAUGGAUGGUGUUCACCGCCGACUUCCACAAGAUUUUGCGGGACCUUCUCCAUGGACAGGCAACGUUGGAAUCUUUGUCUGCAGCAGCAGCACCCGAGCCAGAGCCGCAACAGGACAACGAGAGCCGACCAAAGUCCGCGGGUUUCAAGUCGUCGUUCAAACGCAUUACCUCUGUUCCUGCCCCACAAGUCACAGUUACCAUCAACUCGAGGCUCGACACGGAACCCAAGCCCCUACAAGGCGUUGCUCCUGGCGACGUCAAUGUCGAUUUAGACGGGGAAGAGAUGGAGAGCGACGGAGGCGGUGGGCUUAACCCAGAAGAUAUUGAUGGGGAGGACGUUGACGGAGAGGACUUUGACGGCGACUCCAUAAAAGAUGAUCUGGACGGGGAAGCCAUAGAUCCCUAA